AUGGUGAAGUGGAUUGAUUGGGAUGAAUUUAUUGUGCCCAUCAAGAUUUAUAUAUUUGAUGUCACUGAUACUUGGAAAAGGUUGGACAAUUCAACAGGACAAAAUUCAGAACACAAAUGCCACGUUGAGUAUGAAGUUGAGUAUUGUAGUGCAUCUGGUAUGGCUGAUAAUGGGUGUACUGACAUCAAAAGGACCAGCGUCAGUCUGCCAACUGGUGGCUAUGUCAUCUACAUUAUAAUCUCUUGUGGAAUAUUAUAUGACUUACCUGAUUUGAUGAUCUUCUAUGGAGAUGUAUCAGGAAUUGUGACUCACAAGAAAAAGUAUUUCACACGCAUUCAUUUCCUCUCGGAUGGGCAGGUUUUAUAUUCUUCAUUACCAACUUAUGGACAAAGGAAGGAAGCAGGAAAUGAGGCUGGUUAUAUCGUAGGAAUGUCCACUUGUUAUCCUCAACCAGGCUCUGUCAAGAUAAAUGAUAUGAGACUGAUUCUGGAAUCUAAUUACAGUAAUGCCCAAAGGCACACAAGAGUCAUGGGGCUCUUCUACAUUUUGGUUGCAGACUAA